GCGGAUUGGGGUCAGUGUGUCUUCUCAUGACAUAUGGCUGUCAGUAUGUAGCUAUGGUGUGUCGCCUAUUUCACAACCAACACGGAACGGCAUGGAUUCCUAUUGAAUGGGACUUCAAUUGGACUUCGGUUUUGCUGCGGUGGCUUAGGUUGGGUUUGUGUGAUUCCCGGUUUGGGGGAGGUCCAGUAGUCGCGACCAACCGCCCCCGUCGUGCUGCCGUACACCGGUAGAGCUGCCGGGAAGCAGGGUCUCAGUGCCGGUGCGAUCGGACCGAGGUUCGGUCGGCUCUGACCGCAACGUCGGGAACCAGGGAGUGUGUUUAGUAUCCUUCUACCACCAGGACGAAAAAAAACCUGGACACCUACGGACGACGCGGACGGCGACACGUACAGAACAUGUUGGGGGGUCUGUGAGCUCGGCGACGGAGGUCUUCAGUCUGUCCAGUCUAGUUGGUGCGGAUCUAUCUCAGGAUGGCCGCAGACGGAGCCACAAUUAAGAGUCGGAUCCGGAGCCUCCUCCGAUCUCCGUCCAUCAAACUGAGGAGGAGCAAGGCGCAACACAAGGAGAACCUCGGGAGCAAGGUGGUUCUGGAGAAGGUUCUGGGCAUCACAGCACCAGGGAACCGAGCGCUGGCCUGCGACCCGCGGAGCGGACUGGUGGCUUACCCUGCUGGGUGUGUGGUGGUUCUGCUGAAUCCAAAGAAGAACAAGCAGCAUCAUAUCUUCAACCAUUCCAGGAAGACCAUUACCACCCUGGCCUUCUCUCCUGAUGGAAAAUACAUCGUCACAGGAGAGAGUGGCCACAUGCCAGCGGUGCGUGUGUGGGACGUGUCUGAGUGUGUCCAGGUGGUGGCGCUGCAGGAGCAUAAGUACGGCGUCUCCUGCGUGGCCUUCUCCCCCAACAGCAAGUACAUCGUCAGCGUGGGCUACCACCACGACAUGAUCAUCAACGUGUGGAGCUGGAAGAAGAACGUGGUGGUCUCCUCCAACAAGGUGUCCAGUCGGGUGACGGCUGUCUCCUUCUCCGACGACAGCUCCUACUUCGUAACCGCCGGCAACCGACACGUCAAGUUCUGGUACCUGGACCACACCAAGACCUCCAAGGUGAGCUCCACGGUGCCUCUCUCUGGCCGCUCCGGCCUGCUGGGGGAGCUCCGCAACAACUUCUUCAGUGACGUAGCGUGUGGGCGGGGCAAGCAGGCGGCCUCCACCUACUGCAUCACCUCCUCCGGCCUGCUCUGCGAGUUCAACGAGCGCAGGCUCCUCGACAAGUGGGUGGAGCUACGGAGAGUGGACUCAGUUACAACGUGUCAGGCUACGUGUGUGUGUGUGACGGAGGAGCUGCUGUUCUGUGGCUGUGCUGACGGGACCGUCCGGGCCUUCAGUCCGGUCACCCUCCACUUCCUGUUCACCAUGCCCCGCCCACAUCCCCUGGGCUGUGACAUCAGCAGCCUGCGGCACGCUAGCCAGCUCUUUGCCCCCCAGCCCUCGGUGCGGUACCCUGAUGCGGUGUGUGUGAGCUACGACCCGACCAGCCGCUGGUUGUCGUGUGUGUACAGCGACCACAGCGUCUACGUGUGGGACGUCCGGGAUCCACAGCGCCCCGGGAAGCUGUACUCUGCCCUCUACCACUCGGCCUGCGUCUGGGGUCUGGAGGUGUGUCCGGAGGGGGGGGGAGGAGGAGGAGGAGGAGGAGGAGGAGGAGGAGGAGGAGGAGGUCACCUCCCUCUGGCUCCUGGCUCCUUCCUCACCUGCUCCGGGGACAACACCAUCCGGCUGUGGAACACAGACGGUCUCAACACCCCCAAGAAUAUACUGAGUCAGGACCUGGUGUCGGUCAUCUACACCGACCCCUCCUUGGCCGGACUGACGGACACUGAGGGCGUUGCCCAGGGGAACCAGGAGAAGGCGGGGUCAGGGGCGGAGCCUCAGACCUCUGAGACCAGGACAGGCCUCCGUACCCUGUGCAUCAGCCCUGACGGCCUGCACCUGGCCUCAGGGGACCGCAUGGGCAUCCUCAGGAUACAUGACACUGAGAACAUGGAGGAGAUUCUGAACGUUCAGGCUCAUGACUCUGAGAUCCUUUGUCUGGAGUACUCUCAACCGGACACAGGUCUGAGGCUGCUGGCGACGGCCAGUAGAGACCGUCUGAUCCACGUGUUGGACGCGGCGCGGGACUACAGCCUCCUGCAGACGCUGGACGAGCACUCGUCCUCCAUCACCGCCGUGCGCUUCGCUGCCAAUGAGGGGAAGGUGAGGAUGGUGAGCUGUGGAGCUGAUAAGAGCAUCUACUUCCGCACCGCGCACAAGACAGAGGAGGGCAUGGAGUUCUCCAGGACUCACCAUGUGGUCCGGAAGACCACCCUCUAUGACAUGGACAUCGACUCAACCAGGAAGUAUGCCGCUAUUGGCUGUCAAGACCGCAGCAUCAGGAUAUUUAACAUCAGCAAUGGUAAACAGAAGAAGAUGUAUAAAGGUUCUCAAGGAGAAGAUGGAACGCUCAUCAAGGUGCAGACUGAUCCCUCGGGGCUGUACAUCGCCACCAGCUGUUCCGAUAAGAACAUCAGCAUCUUCAACUUCUACUCAGGAGAAUGUGUGGCCACCAUGUACGGCCACUCAGAGAUCGUAACAGGGAUGAAGUUCACUAAUGACUGUAAACAUCUCAUCACCGUCUCUGGAGAUAGCUGUAUAUUCGUCUGGCGGCUGAGUGCUGACCUGACCAUCAGCAUGCUGCAGCGACUGGCUGACCUUCGACCUCAGAACAAGACGCCUCAGUACAACCCCAGGCGGGAUCUCCAUGGCUCCGCCCCCAUCGUCAACAUGUCGUCUGACAGCGAUAAGGAGGAAGAGGAGGAUGAGGAGGGUGGUGUUUCGUCGGGGCGAAAGGAUGAGAUCACAGUAGGGACCAAGCAGGAGAAAGCCGCCAAGAAGUCCCCAGAAAGCAGGAAGGGGGCCUCUCGCACGCCGCGCCGCCGCUGGUCCCGGCGGGCCGAGACCGCCGACCGCCUGAUGGGGGUCCAGUCCAUGAUGGACCUCCGCCACCUGGACCACUACGCAGACCCGGAACCGGACCCGGACCCGGACCUGGACCCGGACCUGGACCUGGACCUGGAGCAGCCGGGACCGGAUAAUCUCCGCCCACCUCACUUUAAGGACCGCCCCCUUGAUGCCCAGAGAGGGGAGGAGCUUGGAAGUACAGUUAGUCUGCAGGUCACCUCCACCUGGGCUGAGGACGGUGGUAUGAGGACCAGAGAGAGGCCGGGGUAUAUCCGCCUGUCUCCAGAUGUGGACGAGCCGGUGGUCUACCCCCCCUGCUGGGAGGACCGCGUCAGCCUGGGGGGUGAGUUCCAGGUGAAGGAGGUGCUGGGGGGCUCCCAGAGGGGGGGUCCAGACGAGCCGAGCCCUGACAGCGCCUGCUCCCUGGGCUACUGCCCCUCCACCAGCCCCCCCUGCAGCCCCCCCACACACAGCCACCCGCAGGACGGCUGGGAGAAGAUGGAGGGCCUCGGCAUGGACGGGAACUCCUCGGACCUGGAGGAGGAGGAGGAGGCGGCGGGAGGAGCAGCAGGAGGAGGAGGAGGAGGAGGAGAAGGAGGAAGAGGAGGAGGAGGAGUCCAGGGGAGGAAGCUGGCCCCCCAGACCCCCGACCAGGAGGCCUUCCUCAAACAGCACUUUGUCACCCUGGCCGACGACACCCCCUCAGGGAGUCCCAGCCGCAGCGCGCAGAGCUCCAGCGAGAACCUCAGCAUCUCCUCCCGGUUCCACUGCCAAGGAACACAGAACCCUCCCCCCAGGAGGGCUGUGUUCCCAUUCUCCUCUGAGAACCCGAGUCAGGCCGGAGGAGGAGGAGGAGGAGGAGGAGGAGGAGGAGACGAAGGAGGAGGAGGAGGAGGAGGAGGAGGAGACGAAGGAGGAGCAGGAGGAGGAGCGAAGGGGUCCAGGGUUCAGGUCUCGGAGGUGCGGCCGCUGAACCAGCCCAGCGAGGCCUGGGCCAGGAAGAAACCCCCGGGGGGGGCGGAGUCUAAGAGGAGUGUGGGGGGCGUGGCCAGGGGUGUGGCCUCAUACCUAAGCUCCUCCUCUGGCCUCCGAAAGGCCAAAUCGGUGCAGAGUCUGAUGCCCGACGCAGCAGAGAAGCCCAUCUCUCGCCCCUCCAGGGAGGUGGCCCCCCUCCCCCAGCGCCCCACGACCCUCCCCUCCUCCCCCCGACGCCCCGCCCCCUCUACCCUGCCCACCUCCCCCCGGCCACGCCCGUACCCGCUGGCGGUCUGCCCUGUCGCCAUCAACAACCACAGCAGCAGCUCUAAACUCAGCCCUGUCAGCGCUAGCAUCCCUGCAGGCGUCGUUGCUAGCAGCCUCGCCGCUAGCAACGUCACCGCUAGCAACAUGGCUAGCAGCCCCGUGGCUAGCAGCGCGGCUAGCAGCGUGGCUAGCAGCGUGGCCAGUAGCGAUGCGUACGGCGCCGCCGUUAGCUUCCCUGCUAGUGACGCGGCGGCUAGCGGCCUGCGGCGCGCGUCCCGCUCCUACAUGAGCCCGACCACCAGCUCCAUGGCCAAGAUGUCCCGCUCAGCCUCGCUGGGGGACGGCCUGGACACCCUCGCCGAGGACCGCCCGCCGGGGGGCGGGGCCUGUGCUUUGGCCGCGCCCCCCAGCGCCAGCGUGGUCCCCACCCUCAUCUCCGGCCCUUCCAUCGCCGCCGCCUUCUCCUUUGGUAACCACGGCAACCUGCAGGCGAAGCUCAGCGUGGAGUUUGGCCACGCCCUCCCCGACAAGCCCAGCCUGGCGGCGUUCUCGCCGGCCGCCAGGACGGCCCCUGGCUCCUCCUCUUCCUCACCAGCGCCCCUGCGGACCCCCCAGGGCCCCCAGGCCCCAGUGCAGAGCUCCACCUCAGAGGCCUGGAACGAAGGGGUGGUCCCCACCGUGGAGCUGCACCACCAGACCUCCCAGGCCCCAGUUCAGAGCUCCACCUCAGAGACCUGGAACGCAGGGGUGGUCCCCACCGUGGAGCUGCACCACCAGACCUCCCAGGCCCCAGUGCAGAGCUCCACCUCAGAGCCCUGGAGUGUGGAAGUGGUCCCCACCGCGGAGCUGCACCAACAGACCUCCCGGGCCUCAGUGCAGAGCUCCACCUCAGAGCCCUCGAGUGUGGAAGUGGUCCCCACCGCGGAGCUGCACCACCAGACCCAAGCACAGAGCUCUACCUCAGAAUCCUGGCCAGAAGGAGGGGUCUCCACAACGGAGCUGCACCACAAGGACCCAGCGCAGGGCUCCACUCCAGAUCCCUGGAGGGAGAGAGUGGUCCCCACCGCGGAGCUGCACGUCCAGGCCCUAGACACCAGCCAGGACGAGAAAAGAGGCGAUGACGAGUCUUCAGUGAGUCUGGAGGUCUGCAGAGCAGCGGCUGCUGAGCUCCAGAGGACCUUCAGGAGGGCAGCGCACCUCCACAGCCUGGUGAGCAGUAGCUCCGCCCCCGCCUCAGCCCCUGAUAAAGAUGAGAUGAACAAGGUCCUAUCAGAGGCCUUUGGCAGCCUGAGGGCGGAGCUAAACACCCCAACCCUGGGAAGGCUGGACCCACAAUGCAUGCUGGGAGGAGAGGAGCGGGCCCUGGACCUGCUGGAGCGCUACUCCCAGCUCCUCCUGCAGGCUGUGGAGAAGAAGCUGGAGCCCCACUAGACCCCCCCCCACGAGACCCCCAUCACCUCCUGGACCACUGGACC